AUGAAGUACACAAUAGCUGUUGUUUCGAUUCUGUUCGCCACAUGCAUGGCUAACACCAUAACUUUCAAAGACUGUGGUUCGGUUGGUGCCAAGGUUAAUUCAUUAGAUGUUAUGGGUUGUACAGAAGAACCAUGUCAUUUGGUCCGAGGCAAAAAUGCUUCUAUCUCCAUUAACUAUACAGCAACUGAGGACAUGACCCAUCCGACUAACGCCAUUUACGGUAUUAUUGAUGGAGUUCAAGUUAAGUUUCCAACUGCAGAGGAUUGCUGUGCCAUCAAAAACCUUAACUGUCCUAUCAAGACUGGAUCGACGUCCACCUACACCAACAGCAUUUUUGUUGCGACUUCCUAUCCAAAGCUUACACUAGUUGUCAAGAUGGCCGUACUGGACGAUAAUAAAAAAGACUUUCUAUGUGUGGUGUUCCCAGCAGUUAUCGCUGAUAGCUAA